CCAGAGGGGAGGUAUGGCAGCCUGAGGGUGUCUUGAACGCAGAAAGGAACAAUAAGGAAGAGAAUUGCCGGGGUUUCAACGCAGAAUUUCAACACAUUCAACAUUUUCUGUGAAAUUUCAAUCAUAGAAGCAAGCAAGUACCGCCUGUUGAUAAUAGGUAAGAAGCGAUAGCAAAAUGUGCUUGUCAGAAAACUCGACAUUCUCUAAACAAAGCAGAUCGGACGUUAGUCAAGCGAAGCUAAAAUAGCGGUGAAUCGGAAGGGGAAAAGUGAUUUAGCUAGCUAGCUAACAGUAACGUUAGCUCCUGACCACGCGUUUGUUAUGGAAAGGCAAUUCUGGAAUUCAAUGCCGAUUUUGGUAUUUUGUGUCCCAUAUCUAGCUUUGUGGCUAAUAUAGCUAUUGUAUGUUGUACCAUGCAUUAUUAUGCUAGUUACUAGCUAAUUCGCUAACUGGCUAGCUAACGCCUAAUAUUAGCUGGCUAGUUAGAGACAGGAGGGACUGUGAAUUUCCGACUAGACCGUUUUUGGCGUAUUGCUGCCCUUCUCAGAUCGGAAUGGGGAAAGAAAAUUGCACCACCAUCUAAUCCUGUACUUAUACACUAUUCCCCCCAAAAACAUCACCCCAUCCCACUACUUGGACCUAAACAAUCCUACACCAGGCCGUGGGCCUGGGAGGGGUCGGCCAGGGUGGAUGGCACCCCUUCUCUCAACCUACUGUAGAUCUUCUGGACUAAAAUAUCUCACACCCCAAUAUUUCUCUGCUGUUGCAACUAACUCAUAUAUCUUCUGUGAUUUUCUGCUCCUGCAGUGCAGUGCAGUGCAGUUGAUCACCAUGGCUAUAAACGCAACAAAUCCAACCUUACUAAACUCAUCCUCUCUGGCUGGCUCUCAUCAGGCCUACUCACUUUUUAAACUCACUCACCCUUGGCCCAGCAUCUACUCUCUUCACUGCCUCAGCAUAGGACAUUUUAUGCCCCAGCUGCAUGGGCACCUCACAGUGCUUUCUCUAGCCCAACUAUCCUUCUGAUUAUGCCCUCCUGCACAUUUCACACAUCGUGGGAUCUCAUUUCUACACAAUGCUGCAACAUGUCUGAAUCCUUGGCACCUAAAGCACCGAAAACAUGUUACUAUCAAUGUUCCCGAACAGAUUUCACUUGGUUUUUCCAACUAAAGCACUGGGUAGCUGAAGGAACAGGGUUGGAGAGCCCAUGGCAUACAGAGUACUGGGUAGCUGCAGGAACAGGGUUGGAGAGCCCAUGGCAUACAGAGUACUGGGUAGCUGGAGGGAACAGGGUUGGAGAGCCCAUGGCAUACAGAGUACUGGGUAGCUGGAGGAACAGGGUUGGAGAGCCCAUGGCAUACAGAGUACUGGGUAGCUGGAGGGACAGGGUUGGAGAGCCCAUGGCAUACAGAGUACUGGGUAGCUGGAGGAACAGGGUUGGAGAGCCCAUGGCAUACAGAGUACUGGGUAGCUGGAGGAACAGGGUUGGAGAGCCCAUGGCAUACAGAGUACUGGGUAGCUGGAGGGACAGGGUUGGAGAGCCCAUGGCAUACAGAGUACUGGGUAGCUGGAGGGACAGGGUUGGAGAGCCCAUGGCAUACAGAGUACUGGGUAGCUGGAGGAACAGGGUUGGAGAGCCCAUGGCAUACAGAGUACUGGGUAGCUGGAGGAACAGGGUUGGAGAGCCCAUGGCAUACAGAGUACUGGGUAGCUGGAGGGAACAGGGUUGGAGAGCCCAUGGCAUACAGAGUACUGGGUAGCUGGAGGGACAGGGUUGGAGAGCCCAUGGCAUACAGAGUACUGGGUAGCUGGAGGAACAGGGUUGGAGAGCCCAUGGCAUACAGAGUACUGGGUAGCUGGGAGGAACAGGGUUGGAGAGCCCAUGGCAUACAGAGUACUGGGUAGCUGGAGGAACAGGGUUGGAGAGCCCCAUGGCAUACAGAGUACUGGGUUAGCUGGAGGAACAGGUUGGAAGAGCCCAUGGCAUACAGAGUACUGGGUAGCUGGGAGGAACAGGGUUUGGAGAGCCCAUGGCAUACAGAGUACUGGGUAGCUGCAGGAACAGGGUUGGAGAGCCCAUGGCAUACAGAGUACUGGGUAGCUGCAGGAACAGGGUUGGAGAGCCCAUGGCAUACAGAGUACUGGGUAGCUGCAGGAACAGGGUUGGAGAGCCCAUGGCAUACAGAGUACUGGGUAGCUGCAGGGAACAGGGUUGGAGAGCCCAUGGCAUACAGAGUACUGGGUUACCGAAGGGUUGAGAGCCAUGGCAUACAGAGUACUGGGGGGAACAGGGUUGGAGAGCCCAUGGCAUACAGAGUACUGGGUAGCUGGGGGAACAGGGUUGGAGAGCCCAUGGCAUACAGAGUACUGGGUAAGCUGGAGGAACAGGGUUGGAGAGCCCAUGGCAUACAGAGUACUGGGUAGCUGAGGAACAGGGUUGGAGAGCCCAUGGCAUACAGAGUACUGGGUAGCUGGAGGAACAGGGUUGGAGAGCCCAUGGCAUACAGAGUACUGGGUAGUGGAGGGACAGGGUUGGAGAGCCCAUGGCAUACAGAGUACUGGGUAGCUGGAGGGACAGGGUUGGAGAGCCCAUGGCAUACAGAGUACUGGGUAGCUGGAGGAACAGGGUUGGAGAGCCCAUGGCAUACAGAGUACUGGGUAGCUGGAGGAACAGGGUUGGAGAGCCCAUGGCAUACAGAGUACUGGGUAGCUGGAGGAACAGGGUUGGAGAGCCCAUGGCAUACAGAGUACUGGGUAGCUGGAGGGAACAGGGUUGGAGAGCCCAUGGCAUACAGAGUACUGGGUAGCUGGAGGAACAGGGUUGGAGAGCCCAUGGCAUACAGAGUACUGGGUAGCUGGAGGAACAGGGUGGAGAGCCCAUGGCAUACAGAGUACUGGGUAGCUGGAGGAACAGGGUUGGAGAGCCCAUGGCAUACAGAGUACUGGGUAGCUGGAGGAACAGUGGUUGGAGAGCCCAUGGCAUACAGAGUACUGGGUAGCUGGAGGAACAGGGUUGGGAGGCACCAUUGCCAUACAGAGCACUGGGUAGCUGGAGGAACAGGGUUGGAGAGCCCAUGGCAUACAGAGUUUGGGCGGAAUAUCACCUGUUGCUCAGCGAGAGGCUGCAUGCUUCUCAAACAGUGGUUGAUGCAGAGGAGUGAAAUAGACCCGAUGACGUGUUUCUACGCAUGAGCUUAGCUAGCCAACGUCGCCAUGACAUCACCUACAAGUGUGAUCGGGGAUUUCUAUUGGAGGAGCAGUUUUAGCCUGUCUUCAUACUGUACUGUCUUUGCCAUUAGUCUGUGUGAUUGAUGGGGGCGGAGCUAGAGCGGUGUUUGUGAGACAAGGGCGGAUCUCUAAGGGGCGGGGGGCUGGGUCUUUUUUUAUACAAAAACGUCUGUAGAGUCCGAAUGGUUUGAGCUACAAACUAUUAAAAGCCAUCUAUGAAAAGCAGAGACUCUCAUGACGCUCACAGGCUACUCCAGAGUCGUUACAAGGCAAGGGGUUCUUCUACAUAGAAGAUCCCAGGAAACCCCAGGACAUAGUGUCUAUAAUACUGAGUCGUUAGAAGGUAAGGGCUUCUUCUACAUAGAAGAUCCUAGUGUCUAUAAUACUGUAAUAAGCUCACAUAGUUACUGUCACAAACUCCCCACAGUUGUCACUGACUAGUUGGAUAUUCAUUUCCCAGUGCACAAACAAUUUCUGUACUUACAGCAUUCAUAUAAAUUCAUUUUUUAUCAGGUUUUUGCUUUGGCUGACCUUAUUAUUUUAUUGACAUUUGUCAAAACUCAUAAAUGCAACUCUUUUUAUGUCAAAUUGUUUUGUAUUCUACUAAAUAAAAUGGCAAAACACUUAAUUGUGAGGCUAAAUAUAAGUGCUGGACAUACAGAUAAAUGAAAGUCAGAUAAAUGAAAAGCCGAUUUUUGCUGGGGACUCGGGACUGACAGGAUGUUUACUGUAAACGUCCCUAGGGUCGAUUUGAAAGAGGUUUUCCACAAAUGUGAACACUAAACAGUAGUCUGGAGUUACAUUCCUGCAGCAUGGCUGUCGUUGAGGUCAUAUCUUUGGAUUUGAAAUGCUUUAUACCACCAUUAUAUGAUUCUGUUGUUUUCUGCCGUGUAUUAACCGUGAUUCUGGUUUACCAGGCAGGACAACUUGGAUUAUAUGUGAGGGGCGAGUCUGUUCUGUCUACCAUGGCCGACAGUGUGGAGGAUAUCGAGAACAACAUGGUGAGUGAGUUCUGCUGUAAUUUUGAACUAUGAAGAAGGAAAUAAAAGCUUGUCUGUGUUUUGUCACUUGCAGAUUGUAACCUAUAGUAAAGUCACAUUCAUGGUGGUGACAUUUGCAAUAAAAGUUAAAUCAUUGGUCAUAUGUUAUAGAAUAUGUUUUACAUACUCUUUCAUGAUAUCAUUAGUUUAGCUCCUGAUGACUUUGAGGGUGUGGCCUGGCCAGGAGGCAAAGUCCUUCUCGGCUGUUUCUCUCCUGGCCCUUUUAACCACAUGAAGCAGCUCGCUCCAACAUGUCAUCACAACAGUUGCUUUUACUGCAUUGUUGUCCUCCGCUGAUGAAAGGCGGUACAUGCAUACCUUCUCAGCUGAUGAAAGGCGGUACAUGCAUACCUUCUCAGCUGAUGAAAGGCGGUACAUGCAUACCUUCUCAGCUGAUGAAAGGCGGUACAUGCAUACCUUCUCAGCUGAUGAAAGGCGGUACGUGCAUACCUUCUCAGCUGAUGAAAGGCGGUACAUGCAUACCUUCUCAGCUGAUGAAAGGCGGUACAUGCAUACGUUCUCAGCUGAUGAAAGGCGGUACAUGCAUACCUUCUCAGCUGAUGAAAGGCGGUACAUGCAUACCUUCUCAGCUGAUGAAAGGCGGUACAUGCAUACCUUCUCAGCUGAUGAAAGGCGGUACGUGCAUACCUUCUCAGCUGAUGAAAGGCGGUACAUGCAUACCUUCUCAGCUGAUGAAAGGCGGUACAUGCAUACCUUCUCAGCUGAUGAAAGGCGGUACAUGCAUACCUUCUCAGCUGAUGAAAGGCGGUACGUGCAUACCUUCUCAGCUGAUGAAAGGCGGUACAUGCAUACCUUCUCAGCUGAUGAAAGGCGGUACGUGCAUACCUUCUCAGCUGAUGAAAGGCGGUACAUGCAUACCUUCUCCGCUGAUGAAAGGCGGUACAUGCAUACCUUCUCAGCUGAUGAAAGGCGGUACGUGCAUACCUUCUCAGCUGAUGAAAGGCGGUACAUGCAUACCUUCUCAGCUGAUGAAAGGUGGUACAUGCAUACCUUCUCAGCUGAUGAAAGGCGGUACAUGCAUACCUUCUCAGCUGAUGAAAGGCGGUACAUGCAUACCUUCUCCGCUGAUGAAAGGCGGUACGUGCAUACCUUCUCAGCUGAUGAAAGGCGGUACGUGCAUACCUUCUCAGCUGAUGAAAGGCGGUACGUGCAUACCUUCUCCGCUGAUGGAAAGAGUCUCUCUCCCUCUCAACCUCAGUUCUUACACACUUUCAGUGAAGGAUAGCGGCUGUGACCGGUUCGGUGGAGCCAAUUCUUCCUUGUGGUAUUGAAGUUAUUCAACCAGGAAACCCCUUUAGAAAUCACAGAUCCUAUUUUAUUCAGAAAAUCAGGAGUAAGUGAAGGCUCUCGUGUCUGAACUGUCCUGACAGCCUCGGGACUGCAACACUCUGUCCAGGCUUCCUUGACAGCCUCGGGACUGCAACGCUCUGUUCGGGCUUCCUUGACAGCCUCGGGACUGCAACGCUCUGUUCGGGCUUCCUUGACAGCCUCGGGACUGCAACGCUCUGUUCGGGCUUCCUUGACAGCCUCGGGACUGCAACACUUUGUCCAGGCUUCCUUGACAGCCUCGGGACUGCAACACUCUGUCCAGGCUUCCUUGACAGCCUCGGGACUGCAACACUCUGUCCGGGCUUCCUUGACAGCCUCGGGACUGCAACACUCUGUCCAGGCUUCCCUGACAGCCUCAGGACUGCAACACUCUGUCCAGGCUUCCUUGAUAGCCUUGGGACUGCAACACUCUGUCCGGGCUUCAAAGUACUUUCGAUGGAGAAUCUUCACGGAGGACGCUUUGUAUUCCAGAACUAAUCUGCGCCUGGGAACCCGGGCCCAUAGAGAUACAAUAUAACUAACUCUCUAGAGUGUUCUAUUUAAUUCUGUGGCUCUGCGCACACUAAGGUGGCUGGACUGGUGAAGUGGUGACUACCUACCUCAUAAAUGGGAGGGUUUUUGUUGACUCAGUGAAAUGAGAUGUAGCCUGGUCCCAGAUCUGUUAUUACUGUCUUGCCAACUCCUGUGGCUAUAGACCUACCAUGUUCUUCUGUAACGCCCGAUACGUAGCAAACUGUCCCCAUAGGUGUGCGUGCAGAUGAAACAUUACAGAAAUGUUGAUCAGUGUGUUUUUAUUUGUUCCCCUGUCGUUUUUUUUAAACCUUUUAUUUUGUAAUUUUAAAGCAUUACACUCUGGCGGCGGGUAGCCUAGCGGUUCCGUUGGGCCAGUAACCGAAAGGUCGCUGGUUCAAAUCCCCGAGCCUUCUAGGUGACCUGUCUGUGCCCUGUCUGUGCCCUUGAGCAAGGCACUUAACCCGAAUUGCUCCUUUAAGUCGAUCUGGACAAGAGCGUCUGCUAAAAUGACUAGAAUGUAAAUAUUUCCGUGUACUGAAAGGCUGGCCCUCUGUUCCUCUCCAGGCGACUGAGGCUCCAGUGCCAACCCAGAACCAGCACCCUGAGCUUGGGGUGACGGGGGUGCGGUCCAGGGGUGGAGGGGCGGAGCAGAACGGACAGCCCCCCUCCACAGCUCCCCCACGACGCCCGCCCCAGGUGGUAGAGAGUGAGGAAGACGAAGAUGAGGAACUGACGCUGAAGUACGGGGCCAAACACGUCAUCAUGCUCUUCGUCCCCGUCACGCUCUGCAUGGUGGUCGUCGUGGCAACCAUCAAGUCCGUCAGCUUCUACACCCACAACGAUGGACAGAGGCUGUGAGUACCGACGACGUUCUGGCGACCUAACCCUGAGACAAGGCUCCAGAUUGGAACACAGAGAAGAUAAUGAUGAUGAUGAUGAUAGGAUGGUGUUUGAGUAUUUCUGAUGGUUGUCUGACACUGUAAUGUAAAAUAUUUUCUGUAAUGUAAUGUUAUCUAAUGCGAUGAGUCUAAUCUUCUGUAUGAGUUGUCCAGGAUCUUGAUGCCUGUCUGAUAUGUGAUGUGUUGUCCAGGAUCUUGAUACCUGUCUGAUAUGUGAUGUGUUGUCCAGGAUCUACACCCCGUUCCCUGAGGAUACAGACACAAUAGGUCAGCGAGCCCUGAACUCAGUCCUCAACGCCACCAUCAUGAUCAGCGUCAUCAUAGUGAUGACUAUGGUGCUGGUGCUGCUAUACAAGUACCGCUUCUACAGGGUAAGAGAUAUGCUGCUAUACAAGUACCGCUUCUACAGGGUAAGAGAUAUGCUGCUAUACAAGUAUCGCUUCUACAGGGUAAGAUAUGCUGCUAUAUAAGUAUCGCUUCUACAGGGUAAGAUAUGCUGCUAUAUAAGUAUCGCUUCUACAGGGUAAGAGAUAUGCUGCUCUGACAAUGCCGGCAGGGUUGUAUUCAUUAGGCCACACAAAGUAAAUCAUUUUGCAACAGAAAAAAACGAAAGUAUGAUAACAUUUUUACUUCCUGGUCUUGAUGGACCAAGUCCAGGAAGUCGUCCGUUUCUCAGUCCGUUUUCUUCCGCUUGGUGCCUCAGGAACACACUGUUGUCACUCAUCACAGUAUGUUUCAGUGCUCUGUGUGUGUGUAGAUACAGUGACAUACUAAACAUGUAUACAGCCAGUUUGCUGUUCAAUCAAUCCCAAUGGGGCUCCAAGAGUGGCGCAGCGGUCUAAGGCACUGCAUCUCAGUGCUCGAAGCGUCACUACAGACCCCCCGGUUCGAUUCCAGGCUGUAUCACAACCGGCCGUGAUUGGGAGUCCCAUAGGGGCGGCGCACAAUUGGCCCAGCGUCGUCCGGGUUUGGCCGGUGUAGGCCGUCAUUGUAAAUAAGAAUUUGUUCUUAACUGACUUGCCUAGUUAAAUAAAGGUAAAUGAAAAAUCGAUCAAAUGUAUUUAUAAAGCCCUUUUUACAUCAGCAGAUGUCACAAAGUGCUUAUACAGAAACUCUGCCUAAAACCCCAAACAGCAGCAAUGCAGAUGUAGAAGCACGGUGGCUAGGAAAAACUCCCUAGAAAGGCAGGAACCUAGGAAGAAACCUAGAGAGGAACCAGGCUCUGAGGGGUGGCCAGUCCCCUUCUGGCUGUGCCGGGUGGAGAUUAUAACAGUACAUGGCCAUUAAGGACAGAUUGUUCUCCAAGAUGUUCAAACGUUCAUAGAUGUCCAGCAGGGUCAAAUAAUAAUCAGUGGUUGUAGAGGUUGCAACAGGUCAGUACAUCAUGAGUAAAUGUCACUUGGCUUUUCAUAGCCGGGCAUUUAGAGGUUGAAAUAGCAGGUGCGGUAGAGAGAGAGAGUUGAAAACAGCAGGUCUGGGACAAGGUAGCACGUCCGGUGAACAGGUCAGGGUUCCAUAGCCGCAGGCAGAACAGUGGAAACUGGAGCAGCAGCACGACCAGGUGGACUGGGGACAGCCAGGAGUCAUCCGGCCAGGUAGUCCUGAGGCAUGGUCCUAGGGCUCAGGUCCUCCGGGAGGGGAGGGAAAGAGGACCAGGUGGACUGGGGACAGCCAGGAGUCAUCAGGCCAGGUAGUCCUGAGGCAUGGUCCUAGGGCUCAGGUCCUCUGGGAGGGGAGGGAAAGAGGACCAGGUGGACUGGGGACAGCCAGGAGUCAUCAGGCCAGGUAGUCCUGAGGCAUGGUCCUAGGGCUCAGGUCCUCCGGGAGGGGAGGGAGGGAGAGAGAGAAUUAGAGUGAGCAUACUUAAAUUCACACAGGACCGGAUAAGACAGGAGAAUAACACCAGAUAUAACAGACUGACCCUAGCCCCCCGGCACAUAGACUAUUGCAGCAUAGAUACUGGAGGCUGAGACGGGGGGGUCGGGGGACACUGUGGCACCGUCCGACGAAACCCCCAGACAGGGCCAACCAGGCAGGAUAUAACCCCACCCACUUUGUCAAAGCACAGCCCCCACACCACCAGAGGGAUAUCAACAGACCACCAACCUACUACCCUGAGACAAGGCUGAGUAUAGCCCACCAACCUACUACCCUGAGACAAGGCUGAGUAUAGCCCACAAAGAUCUCCUCCACCGCACGAGCCCAAGGGGGCGACAAACCUGACAGGAAGAUCACGUCAGUGACUCAACCCACUCAAGUGAUGCACCCAUCCUAGGGACGGCAUGGAAGAGCACUAGUAAGCCAGUGACUCAGCCCCCGUAACAGGGUCAGAGGCAGAGAAUCCCAGUGGAGAGAGGGGAGCCGGCCAGGCAGAGACAGCAAGGGCGGUUCGUCGCUCCAGUGCCUUUCCGUUCACCUUGGCACCCCUGGGCCAGACUACACUCAAUCAUAGGACCUACUGAAGAGAUGAGUCUUCAGUAAAGACUUAAAGGUCGAGACCGAGUCUGCGUCUUUCACAUUGAUAAAAAAACAAACAUCCCAUAAAAAAUUAGCUCUAUAGGAGAAAGCCCUGCCUCCAGCUGUUUGCUUAGAAAGUCUAGGGACAAUAAGGAGGCCUGCGUCUUGUGACCGUAGCGUACGUGUAGGUAUGUACGGCAGGACCAAAUCGGAGAGAUAGGUAGGAGCAAGCCCAUGUAAUGCUUUGUAGGUUAGCAGUAACACCUUGAAAUCAGCCCUAGCCUUAUUGAUCUGUGUGUGUCUCUACAGGUGAUCCAAGGCUGGCUGUUCCUCUCUUCUCUCCUCCUCCUGUUAUUGAUCUCUGUGUGUCCCUGCAGGUGAUCCAAGGCUGGCUGUUCCUCUCCUCCUCCUGUUAUUGAUCUCGUGUGUGUCUCUACAGGUGAUCCAAGGCUGGCUGUUCCUCUCUUCUCUCCUCCUCCUGUUCUUCUUCUCCUUCAUCUACCUCAAGUGAGUCCAUUCAUUCUUCCAAGUCUUAGUCUCUCUUCAAUCCCAUAAGUCAAGUCAUCAGUGGAUCUGCUGUGUAAAGUGUGUGACUGGGCAGAUCCUUCUGUACUCUUUAAGUGUAACAUUGCUCACUCUGCCCUCCAGAGAAGUCUUCAAGACGUACAAUGUGGCGAUGGACUGGAUCACCCUGGCUGUGAUCGUCUGGAACUUCGGGGUGGUAGGGAUGAUCUGUAUCCACUGGAAGGGUCCCCUCCGUCUGCAGCAGGCCUACCUCAUCAUGAUCUCUGCUCUCAUGGCUCUGGUCUUCAUCAAGUACCUGCCUGAGUGGACCGCCUGGCUCAUCCUGGCUGUUAUAUCUGUCUAUGGUGAGUACCUGCCUGAGUGGACCACCUGGCUGAUCCUGUCUGUUAUUAUAUCUGUCUAUGGUGAGUACCUGCCUGAGUGGACCUCCUGGCUGAUCCUGUCUGUUAUUAUAUCUGUCUAUGGUGAGUACCUGUCUGAGUGGACCUCCUGGCUGAUCCUGUCUGUUAUUAUAUCUGUCUAUGGUGAGUACCUGCCUGAGUGGACCGCCUGGCUGAUCCUGGCUGUUAUAUCUGUCUAUGGUGAGUACCUGCCUGAGUGGACCGCCUGGCUGAUCCUGGCUGUUAUAUCUGUCUAUGGUGAGUACCUGCCUGAGUGGACCGCCUGGCUGUUAUAUCUGUCUAUGGUGAGUACCUGCCUGAGUGGACCGCCUGGCUGAUCCUGGCUGUUAUAUCUGUCUAUGGUGAGUACCUGCCUGAGUGGACCUCCUGGCUGAUCCUGUCUGUUAUAUCUGUCUAUGGUGAGUACCUGCCUGAGUGGACCUCCUGGCUGAUCCUGUCUGUUAUUAUAUCUGUCUAUGGUGAGUACCUGUCUGAGUGGACCUCCUGGCUGAUCCUGUCUGUUAUUAUAUCUGUCUAUGGUGAGUACCUGUCUGAGUGGACCUCCUGGCUGAUCCUGUCUGUUAUUAUAUCUGUCUAUGGUGAGUCUUUGGGUUAUAUACAGGUCUAUCACUGAGACUGUAGCUACGCAUGCGGUGGCUGCGUGCCAAAUGCCACCCUAUUCCCUAUAUAGCGCACUACUUUUGUCCAGAGCCCAUAGAUACAGGGCCCAUAGUGCUCUGGUCAAAAGUAGUGCACUAUAUAGGGAAUAGGGUGGCAUUCUCUGGUCUAAAGUAGUGCACUAUAUAGGGAAUAGGGUGCCAUUCUCUGGUCUAAAGUAGUGCACUAUAUAGGGAAUAGGGUGCCAUUCUCUGGUCUAAAGUAGUGCACUAUAUAGGGAAUAGGGUGCCAUUCUCUGGUCUAAAGUAGUGCACUAUAUAGGGAAUAGGGUGCCAUUCUCUGGUCUAAAGUAGUGCACUAUAUAGGGAAUAGGGUGCCAUUCUCUGGUCUAAAGUAGUGCACUAUAUAGGGAAUAGGGUGGCAUUUGGGACGCAGCCACUGUCUGAGAAUAACGGCCAGGACGGGAGUAGUCAUUUGUAGAUUUAUUUAACCUAAAAGUGGUUAGCUUGUGGUAGCAGUGUGGUUGGUUUAGGUUUGGUUUAUUGGAGGUAACAGUGCCGGUGGUCAGUUUGCUGUAGCAGUCCAAUGCUGACCACAGAUAUUAUGUGAGCGAAGUGCAGAAAGAAGCCAGGAAUAGCUGGUGUUGAGGUUUCACCCACCCAGUCUCAGCAAAUCUUUAAAUCAGAUGAAAUAUUUUUACUUGGUCUGUCUCUCAAAGAGCCCUGUGUUUUGGGUUCCAACACUAUUUGUCUUGAACAAUAUUUGUCCUGAUUCCAUCUCUGUUUUCUCCCUAUAGUUGGUGUUGGUAAAGAGUUUACACCCAGUCAGUCAGUCUCAGACAAUCUUUAACUCAGAUGAAGUAUUUCUACUUGGUCUCUCUCUCAAAGCGCCCUCUGUUCUGGCUCCAACACUAUUCUAUAUGAGUCAUAUUCAUUAGGCACCAAAUGGAAGAAAGCCUCUUCCUGUUUCCGUGUGUUAUCUGAACUGUACAAUAACAAACGGCUGUUUUUCAUUUUCCGUUGCAAAACAUUUUUCCACGAUGUGCCCUAAUGAAUUCGGACUCCGUUUCUCCCUCCAUAGAUCUGCUAGCAGUGCUCUGUCCCAAAGGUCCGCUACGUAUCCUAGUGGAGACUGCUCAGGAGAGGAACGAACCCAUCUUCCCUGCUCUCAUCUACUCCUGUAAGGCACACAUUACGCCUCCCACCUCAACGCUUGUACACACCUGUAUUACAUGUAUACAAAACAUUAGGAACACCUGCUCUUUCCAUGACAUAGACUGACCAGGUGAAAGCUAUGAUUGUGUCAAGUUGGCUGGAUGUCAUUUGGGUGGUGGACCGUUCUUGAUACACACUUGAAACUGUUGAGUGUGAAAAAACCCAGCAGCGUUGCAGUUCUUGACACAAACCAGUGUGCCUGGCAACUUCUACCGUACCUCGUUCAAAGGCACUUAAAUAUUUUGUCUUGCCCGUUCACCCUCUGAAUGGCACACAUACACAAUCCAUGUCUCCAUUGUCUCGAGGCUUGAAAAUCCUUGUUCAACCCGUCUCCUCCACUUCAUCUACACUGAUUUGAAGUGGUUUUAACCUAGAGGUGUUUGUUCGUGCCCCCGCAGAAAUGUUAUUAGCAUCGUAAAGAAAUCCCCAUCAAAAUCCAUCAGUUUAAGCGAUAUCUGUUUUUUUUUUUUGCAUGGGCUGCAUCUCAAUCCGCCACAUCCGCGGUGACGGAGCUAGAGUGGUUUAGCCUACAAACUAUUAUGGAAAGAUCAGACUCUCGAACACGAUGGUGCAGAUGUUUUCGUUUCAGUCGCCUCCAUCUCCUCUAACUGAAGUUAAUUGUAUGGAUUAUUUUUCUAUUGAUAAUGUAAAAUUAACAGCCAUACAGAAAGACUCAUGUGAAGGUGAAAUUACAGAGGAGGAACUUCUGGACGCAAUUAAAGACUUUAAGUCCGGGAAAACUCCAGGGUUGGAUGGCAUACCAGUCGAGGUACACCAAACCUUUUUUGAUAUAUUAUUAGGACCGUUAUUAGCAUGUUUUUAACCACUCCUAUGUAAAUGGUAGAUUAUCAGACACCAGGCCUGCUAUUCAUAGCUGACUUUGAAAAGGCUUUUGAUAAAGUACGACUGGAGUUCAUAUGUAAAUGCCUGGAGCAUUUCAAUUUUGGAGAAUCUCUUAUAAAAUGGGUUAAAAUCAUGUAUAGUAACCCUAGGUGUAAAAUAGUAAAUAAUGGCUAUUUCUCAAAGUUUUAAACUGUCAAGAGGAGUGAAACAAGGUUGUCCACUAUCGGGAUAUCUAUUUAUUAUGGCCAUCGAAAUGUUAGCUAUUAAAAUCAGAUCCAACAAUAAUAUCAAGGGAUUAGAAAUCCAGGGCUUAAAAAUAAAGGUGUCAUUGUACGCUGAUGAUUCAUGUUUUCUUUUAAAUCCACAAUUUGAAUCCCUCCACAGCCUCAUAGAGGAUCUAGAUACAUUUUCUAACCUCUCUGGAUUACAACCAAAUUAUGACAAAUGUACUAUAUUACGUAUUGGAUCACUAAAAAAUAAAAAUUUUACAUUACCAUGUAGUUUACCAAUAAAAUGGUCUGAUGGUGAUGUGGACAUACUCGGAAUACAUAUCCCAAAGGAAAUAAAUUAUCUCACUUCAAUACAUUUUAAUAGAAAGUUAGCAAAAAUAGAUAAGAUCUUGCUACCAUGGAAAGGUAAAUUACCUGUCAAUUUGUGGAAAAAUCACCCUUAAGAAACUCUUUAGUAUUAUCCCAGUUUACCUAUUUGCUUAUGGUCUUGCCUACGCCUAGCGAACAGUUUUUAAAAAAAUUAUAUGAGAGAAAAAUAUUCCAUUUUAUUUGGAACGGCAAGCCAGACAAAAUUAAACGGGCCUAUAUAUAUAAUGAAUAUGAAUUCGGAGGGCAGAAAUGAUUAAAUAUUAAAGCAUUAGACCUAUCACUAAAAGCUUCAGUCAUACAAAAGUUAUACUUAAAUCCGAACUGGUUCUCUAGCAAAUUAGUAAGAUUGUCUCACCCCAUGUUCAAUAAUGGCCUUUUUCCCUUUAUUCAGAUUACAACCUCUCACUUUCAGUUAUUUAAAAAGGAAAUCAUCUCCCAAAUAUCACUAUUUCUAAAACAAGCCAUAGAAAGUUGGUUGCAAUUUCAAUUUAAUCCUCCAGAAACGACAGAACAAAUAAUGCAACAAAUAUUGUGGUUAAACUCAAAUAUACGAAUUGAUAAAAAAACAAUUUUUUUUUUUUUUAACAAUGUAUAAUCUUCGUAAAUGAUAUCAUAGGAAGGACUGGUGGAGUUAUGUCGCACAUGCAGCUAACAAAAACAUAUGGAAAUGUCUGCUCUACCCAAAAUUACGACCAAAUAAUUGCAGCCUUACCGCAAAAAUGGAAGAGGCAAGUGGAAGGGGGAGAAAGUAAGGAACUUGUCUGUCGGCCGCAUUAAAGAACAUAAUUGGUUAAAGAAAACUGUGAUAAAUAAGAAAGUAUACCAGUUUAAUUUAAGGACCAAAGGAUUGACAGCCGUCCCAUAUAGAUUGCAAAAUAGUUGGGAAGAGAUUUUUGACGUACCGAUUCCAUGGCAAAUGGUUUAUGAGCUGAUACGCAAAAUGACGCCAGAUUCAAAACAAAAAAAUACUUUUCCAAUUUAAAUUAUUAUACAAAAUUCUUCUAACCAAUAGAAUGUUAUUUACAGUUGAAGUCGGAAGUCUACAUACACCUUAGCCAAAUACAUUUAAACUCAGUUUUUCACAAUUCCUGACAUUUAAUCAUAGUAAAAAUUCCCUGUCUUAGGUCAGUUAGGAUCACCACUUUAUUUUAAGAAUGUGAAAUGUCAGAAUAAUAGUAGAGAGUGAUUUAUUUCAGCUUUUAUUUAUUUAAUCACAUUCCCAGUGGGUCAGAAGUUUACAUACACUCAAUUAGUAUUUGGUAGCAUUGCCUUUAAAUUGUUUAACUUGAGCAAUAUGAGGUGGAAUGGAGUUGCAUGCAAUAAUGGCUCUAUAUAAUACUGUACGCUCUCUUGAAUUUGUUCUGGAUUUGGGGACUGUGAAAAGACCCCUGGUGGCAUGUCUGGUGGGGUAAGUGUUUGUGUCAGAGCUGUGUGUAAGUUGACGACGCAAACAAUUUGGAAUUUUUAACACAUGAAUGUUUCUUAUAAAAAGAAGAAGUGAUGCAGUCAGUCUCUCCUCAACUCUUAGCCAAGAGAGACUGGCAUGCAUAGUAUUAAUAUUAGCCCUCUGAUUACAAUGAAGAGCAAGACGUGCCGCUCUGUUCUGGGCCAGCUGCAGCUUAACAAGGUCUUUCCUUGCAGCACUCGACCACACGACUGGACAAUAAUCAAGAUAAGACAAAACAUGAGCCUGCAGAACUUGCUUUGUGGAAUGGGGUGUCAGAAAAGCAGAGCAUCUCUUUAUUACGGACAGACCUCUCCCCAUCUUUACAACCACUGAAUCUAUAUGUUUUGACCAUGAUAGUUUACAAUCUAAGGUAACACUAAGUAAUUUAGUCUCCUCAACUUGUUCAAACAGCCACACCAUUCAUUACCAGAUUCAGCUGGGGUCUAAAGCUUAGGGAAUGAUUUGUACGAAUACAAUUGCUCUUAAUUUUAGAGAUGUUCAGGACCAGUUUAUUCUGGCCACCCAUUUCAAAACAGACUGCAACUCUUUGUUAAGGGUUUCAGUGACUUCAUUAGCUGUGGUUUGCUGAUGGGUAUAUGGUUGAAUCAUCAGCAUACAUGGACACACAGGCUUUGUGUAAUGCCAGUGGCAGGUCAUUGAUGGAUAUGGUAUUGUUACAUAUCAUUGAUGGAUAUGGUAUUGUUACAUAUCAUUGAUGGAUAUGGUAUUGUUACAUAUCAUUGAUGGAUAUGGUAUUGUUACAUAUCAUUGAUGGAUAUGGUAUUGUUACAUAUCAUGAUGGAAUGGAGUAAUAUCAUGGUGAUUGGUAUUUACAUAUCAUUGAUGGAUAUGGUAUUGUUACAUAUCAUUGAUGGAUAUGGUAUUGAUACAUAUCAUUGAUGGAUAUGGUAUUGUUACAUAUCAUUGAUGGAUAUGGUAUUGUUACAUAUCAUUGAUGGAUAUGGUAUUGUUACAUAUCAUUGAUGGAUAUGGUAUUGUUACAUAUCAUUGAUGGAUAUGGUAUUGUUACAUAUCAUUGUUGGAUAUGGUACAUAUCAUUGAUGGAAACUGAUUUGUUAUUAUCUAUGCUAUAUGUUUUCACAAGCUAGCACAGGCUUUCAGGCAGUCAGUGAUUCUGGCGCACAGUUACGAUAUUGUGGCUGUCUGAUGUUGUUUGUCUCAAACAUUUAAUGCCCAUAGCUGCCGAGUAACAUCGACUGUACCAAUCUAUCCCUCCAUUCCCAGCAACCAUGGUGUGGCUGGUCAACAUGGCAGACACUGGCCUCGGACACAGACCAAUGACCAGGAAGAACUCAACAGAGGCCCCCAUCACUCAGGCUGAGAGUCAAUGUGAGUCUGGAGCUAGGUUUAUUAUUUAAAUUCCUCUCUACCCUCCUCUUCAGCCCCCCCCCCCCUAGUCCUGGCCUCACUUGCACCCCAAAAUAUGACUAUUUUCUUAAGUGUUUUAGUAAUAUCGUAAUGAUUUUCUACCCUCCCAUCAGCAGCCCCUCCAUCGCUGGCCACAGUUGCACCACAAAACAUGACUCUUUUUAUGGCAUCUCCAGUAUUUUUAAAAAUAUCUGAAUUAUUCUCUCCCCCCCCCCCUUCAGCCCUGGCUCUGGGCCCGGCCCCUCUCAGCCCCCCAGAGGAUGACGGAGGGUUCACCCCUAACUGGAUGGGGCAUCAAGAGCAUCAGCUGGGACCCCUCCAGUCCACAGACGAGACCCGACGGGAGAUCCAACAGCUCCCCUCUGCCAGACCACCCGUAAUGGACGAUGAGGACGAUGAGGAGCGUGAGUACAGAACUGAACAGUAACAAUAAACACAACUGUAUUUGUAAACAAUCCCCAUGUCGUUUUUCAAAUCAGGGCGCGCGGCAGUCACCGACGCUCGUUUAAUGUGAGCGGGCCAGAGACGCAAUCUGAGGACUACCUAUCCCGUCUUUGGGCAGUCCUAGAUGUCCCGAUAUAAAAAAAAGAUUGGCACAAAGUCUGCAAUGCUGCUGGAGUGUGAGAUGUGCAACGACACGUUGCCAGAGAAGAAGCCAGUGAGAUGACGCUGUUUCGCGUCUCCCAGAAUGUGUAGACGGGAGCAGGAGACUAGUCCCAGAAUGUGUAGACUGGAGCAGGAGACUAGUCCCAGAAUGUGUAGACUGGAGCAGGAGACUAGUCCCAGAAUGUGUAGACUGGAGCAGGAGACUAGUCCCAGAAUGUGGAGACGGGAGCAGGAGACUAGUCCCAGAAUGUGUAGACUGGAGCAGGAGACUAGUCCCAGAAUGUGUAGACUGGAGCAGGAGACUAGUCCCAGAAUGUGUAGACUGGAGCAGGAGACUAGUCCCAGAAUGUGUAGACUGGAGCAGGAGACUAGUCCCAGAAUGUGUAGACUGGAGCAGGAGACUAGUAUGUGUUUUGUAUUUGCCUUUAACCGAACGGUCAAAUCGUUACAGCUCUGAAGUUCACAAGCAAUGUUAUUCAAUUAAAAAUGUUGGCGAAAAAUGUAUACUCUAUGGCAAAGCGUGAAUGUCUGACUGAAAACUUUUGAGGCUGUUUUGAGCUACAGGCCGUUCUAGCAACGUUAAAUCUAAUCACAUCAGAAUCUCGUAGUCUGUGACCCCCCCGUCUGUGCCAGAUCGUUUAGCCCACCACUACGUUGGCAAGACAAAAAAACUACAUGAAAGACGGUUGAUAAAUGAGAGACUCGGUGAUGUUAGGAUUUUGAAAGCCGUGUAGUUUGGUGAAAAAUGUUUAGUCUAUGGCACACAGUAAAAUGUUUACUUCCAAUGCGGAGAAAAAUAUAGAACUAAUUAUAACACGAGGAAUAAAUACACAAUACCAGUACCGAGUCGAUGUGCAUCGGUACCAGGUAAUGGAGGUAGAUAUAUAUAUAUACAGUGACUAGGCAACAGGAUAGAUGGUGAACAGUAUGUGAUGAGUCGAGCAAAAAGGGUCAAUGCAGAUAGUCCGGGUAGCUUUGGUUAACAGUCUUAUGGCUUGGGGGUAGAAGCUGUUCAGGGUCCUUUUGGUUCCAGACUUGGUGCAUUGGUACCGCUUGCCGUGCGGCAGCAGAGGGAACACUAUGACUAGGGUGACUGCAGUCUGACACCUGGAUGGCAGGGAGCUCGGCCCCAGUGAUGUACUGGGCCGUACGCACUACCCUCUGUAGCGCCUUGCGGUCGGAUGCCGAGCAGUUGCCAUACCAGGCGGUGAUGCAGCCAGUCAAGGUGCUCUCGAUGGUGCAGCUGUAGAACGUUUUGAGGACCUGAGGGCCCAUGCCAAAUGUGUUCAGCCUCCUGAGGGGGAAGAGGUGUUAUUGUACUCUCUUCACGACUGUGUUGGUGUGUUUGGACCGUGAUAAUUCCUUAGUGAUGUGGACACCUAGGAAUUUGAAGCUCUCGACCACGAUCAGCUCUUUGUCUUGCCGACGUUGAGGGAGAGGUUGUUGUCCUGGCAACACACUGCCAGCUCUCUGACCUCCUCCCUAUAGGCUGUCUCAUCGUCGUCGGUGAUCAGGCCAACCACCGUCGUGUCGUCAGCAAAACGUAAUGGUGGUGUUGGAGUCGUGCGUGGCCACUGUCGUGGGUGAACAGGGAGUACAGGAGGGGACUAAGCGCGUGUUGAAGAUCAGUGUGGUGAAUGUGUUGUUGCCUACCCUCACCACCUGGGGGCAGCCCGUUAAAGUCCAGGAUCCAUUUGCAGAGGGAGGUGUUCAGGGCCCUGAGCUUAGUGAUGAGCUUGGAGGGCACUAUGGUGUUGAACGCUGAGCUGUAGUCAAUGAACAGCAUUCUCACAUACAGUGCCUUCAGAAAGUAUUCACACCCAUGGACUUUUUCAACAUUCUGUUGUUAAAAAGUGGGAUUAAAAUGGAUUGAAUUGUAAUUUGUUGUCAACGAUCUACACAAAAUACUCAUAUCAAAGUGGAAGAAAAAUUCUAACAUUUUGUAAAGAUAUUAAUGAAAAAUAAAACACUAAUAUAUCUUGAUUUACAUAAGUAUUCAAGCCUCUUAGUCAAUACAUGUUAGAAUCACCUUGGGCGGCGAUUACAGCUGUGAGUCUUUCUGGGUAAGUCUCUAAGAGCUUUCCACACCUGGAUUGUGAAACAUUAACCAUUAUUCUUUUAAAGAUUCUUCAAGCUCUGUCAAGAUGUUGGGGAUCAUUGCUAGACAGCAAUUUUCAGGUCUUGCCAUAGAUUUCCAAGCAGAUUUAAGUCAAAACUGGAACUCGGCCACUCAGGAACAUUUUACUGUCUUCUUGGUAACCAACUCCAGUGUAGAUUUGGCCUUGUGUUUUAGGUUAUUGUCCUGCUGAAAGGUGAAUUUAUCUUCCAGUGUCUGGUGAAAAGCAGACUGAACCAGGUUUUCCUCUAGGAUUUUCCCUGUGCUUAGCUCCAUUCCGUUUAUUUUUUAUCCUGAAAAACUCCCCAGUCCUUAACAAUUACAAGAAUACCCAUAACAUGUUGCAGCCACCACUAGGCUUGAAAAUAUGGAGACAUAACACUUUGUAUUCAGGACAAAAAGUUAAUUGCUUUGCCACAUUUUUUGCAGUAUUACUUUAGUGCCUAGUUGCAAACAGGAUGCAUGUUUUGGAAUAUUUUUAUUCUGUACAGGCUUCCUUCUUUUCACUCUGUCAUUUAGGUUAGUAUUGUGGAGUAACUACAAUGUUGUUGAUCCAUCCUCAGUUUUCUCCUAUCACAGCAAUUACACUCUGUAACUGUUUUAAAGUCACCAUUGGCCUCAUGGUAAAAUCCCUGAGCGGUUUCCUUCCUCUCCUGCAACUGAGUUAGGAAAGGACGCCUCUAUCUUUGUAGUGACUGGGUGUAUUGAUACACCAUCCCAAGUGUAAUUAAUAACUUCCCCAUGCUCAAAGGGAUAUUCAAUGUCUGCCUUUUAAAAAAAAACCAUUUACCAAUAGGUGCCAUUCUUUGCGAGGCAUUGGAAAACCUCCCUGGUCUUUGUGGUUGAAUCUGUGUUUGACAUUAAUUGCUGGACUUAGGGAUCUUACAGAUAAUUGUAUGUGUGGGGUACAGAGAUUAUUGCACACAGAGUGAGUCCAUGCAACUUGCAAAAUGUUACUCCUGAACUUAUUUAGGCUUGCCAUAACAAAGGGCUUGAACACUUAUUGAUUCAAGACAUUUCAGCUUUUCAUUUUGAAUUCAUUUGUUGGCUGCUUUUCCUUCACUCUGCGGUCCAACUCAUCCCAAACCAUCUCAAUUAGGUUGAGGUCGGGUGUUUGUGGAGGCCAGGUCAUCUGAUGAAGCACUCCAUCACUCUCCUUGGUCAAAUAGCCCUUACACAGCCUGGAGGUGUGUUGGGUCAUGAUAGUUCCACUAAGCCCAAACCAGAUGGGAUGGCGUAUCGCUGCAGAAUGCUGUGGUAGCCAUGCUGGUUAAGUGUGCCUUGAAUUCUAAAUAAAUCACAGACAGUGUCACCAGGAAAGCACCCCCACACCAUCACACCUCCUCCUCCAUGCUUCACGGUGGGAAAUACACAUGUGGAGAUCAUCCGUUCACCUACUCUGCGUCUCACAAAGACACGGCAGUUGGAAUGAAAAUUCUCCAAUUUGGACCAAAGGACAGAUUUCCACCGGUGUAAUGGCCAUUGCUUGUGUUUCUUGGCCCAAGCAGGUCUCUUCUUCUUAUUGGUGUCCUUUAGUAGUGGUUUCUUUGCAGCAAUUCGACCAUGAAGGCCUGAUUCACGCAGUCUCCUCUGAACAGUUGAUGUUGAGUUGUCUGUUUUAUUUAAUUUUUUAUUUUACCUUUAUUUAACUAGGCAAGUCAGUUAAGAACAAAUUCUUAUUUACAAUGACGGCCUACACCGGCCAAACCCGGACGACGCUGGGCCAAUUGUGUGCCGCCCUAUGGGACUCCCAAUCACGGCCGGUUGUGAUACAGCCUGGAAUCGAACCAGGGGGUCUGUAGUGACGCCUCAAGCACUGAGAUGCAGUGCCUUAGACCGCUGACGCCACUCGGUAGCCUGUUACUAAUUUAUUUGGGCUGCAAUUUCUGAGGCUGGUAACUCUAAUGAACUUAUCCUCUGCAGCAGAGGUAACUCUGGGUCAUCCUUUCCUGUGGCGGUCCUCAUAAGAGCCAGUUUCAUCAUAGCGCUUGAUGGUUUUUGCGACUACACUUGAAGACACUUUCAAAGUUCUUGAAAUGUUCCGUAUUGACUGACCUUCAUGUCUUAAAGUAAUGAUGGACUGUCAUUUCUCUUUGCUUAUUUGAGCUGUUCUUGCCAUAAUAUGCACUUGGUCUUUUACCAAAUCUUCUGUAUACCACCCCUACCUUGUCACAACACAACUGAUUGGCUCAAACACAUUAAGGAGGAAAUAAAUUCCACAAAUUAACUUUUAAGAAGGCACACCUGUUAAUUGAAAUGCAUUCCAGGUGACUACCUCAUGAAGCUGGUUGAGAGAAUGCCAAGAGUGUGCAAAGCUGUCAUCAAGGCAAAGGGUGGCUACUUUGAAGAAUCUCAAAUAUAAAAUAUAUUUUGAUUUGAUUGGUUACUACAUGAUUGCAUAUGUGUUAUUUCAUAGUUUUGAUGUCUUCACUAUUAUUCUACAAUGGAGAAAAUAGGAAAAAUAUAGGAAAACCCUGGAAUGAGUAGGUGUGUCCAAACUUUUGACUGGUACUGUAUAUAUAUAUAUAUAUAUAUAUAUAUAUAUAUAUAUAUAUAUAUAUAUAUAUAUAUAUAUAUAUAUAUAUAUAUAUAUAUAUAUAUAUAUAUAUACCCAUCUCAGUGAACUAAUCCAUUGUGGAGGCCUAGACUAAAAGCCAAUUUAUGCUUGAUCUGAAAGUGUGGUCGGAGGCACCAUAUGGAGGGUGUGAUGCUAUUGCAGAGCCUCCAGAGGCCAAAUCUACAACGUUUGUUACUUUGUUUAUGGUAAUUUCUGUUACUGCAUUCAUUAUUAUUAUUCCAGUCUUGUUUAUUUCAUUCCAUUUAUGAGUUCUGUCAAUUUAGUCGUUGUCUUUUGUUUGGAGCGCUCCUGUCAAAGUUGAGUAAGGACACGCACCUGAUUUUUGUCUUAUUUCAUCAAGCUUAAAAGCAUCAGACAAGCUCGAUGCCUAUAGUGGAUUUUAUUAAAACACAUGGGGUGUGUCGUCUAUAUAUGGAAAAAUACACGUUGACCAAUCAAUUGGUGGAAAGAAGAGACGACUUUCGGUCUACGAAGAUUUUUUGUUUUGUUGGGACAGCCCUAGUAACAGGGUUAGGGUUUGGAAUUAGGGUUAGGGUAACGGGGUUAUGGUUACAGAGUUAGGGUUUGUUAUUAGGGUUACAGGGUUAGGAAUUGGAAUUAGGGUAUGGGGUUAGGGUAACGGGGUUGGGGUUAGGGUAACUGGGUUACAGGGUUAGGGUUACAAAUCAAAUCAAGCUUUAUUUAUACAGCACAUUUCAGACAUGGAAUGCAACACAAUGUGCUUUACAGGAAAAAAAACAAUGAAAAUAAAAUCUGAAAUAUUUACUACAAACAUAAGUUAAAAACAAAAGAAUGACAAACUGAACGACUAAAAAGCUCCUGAGGAAACGCAAAGCAAAAAGAUGUUUUAAGAUCUCUUUUUAAAUCUGUCCAGUUCCCCCAGGUUUCCUAUUCCGAGGCUUGGGGCAUAGUAACUCAAGCCCCCCUUGUCCAGUUUCAGCCCCCCUCAGGUUCUCUGGCAGGCUAUUCCAGAGGCUGGGGGCAUAGUAACUAAAGGCUGGCCUCUCCAGGCCCUCUUGGUCCUGUUUCAGCCCCCUCAGGUUCUCAGGCUAUGUCCAGAGGCUGGGGGCAUAGUAAACUAAAGGCUGCCUCUCCAUUGCCUCUUGGUCCAGUUUCAGCCCCCAUCAGGUUCUCUGGCAGGCUAUUCAGAGGCUGGGGGCAUAGUAAUCUAAAGGCUGCCUCUCCAUGCCUCUUGGUCCAGUUUCAGCCCCCAUCAGGUUCUCGGCAGGCUAUUCCAGAGGCUGGGGGCAUAGUAACUAAAGGCUGCCUCUCCAUGCCUCUUGGUCCAGCUUUGGAGCUAGGUUAAAAGGCAGUCCAGAGGACCUGAGGGACAUGGUAAACUAAAAGCUGUCUGCAUGUCUGGGUCCAGUUAGACAGGUUCUUGGAUGUUUCCAGAGAAGCUGGGGUCAUAGAUAAGCUUCCUCUCUCCUCUGGUGUUAGCCUCAGUCUGCGGCUAUUGAGGCUGGGAACCAUUAGGCAAAGGCUGCUCUCAUGCCUCUUGGUCCAGUUUAGCCCCCCUCAGGUUCUUGGCAGGCUAUCCAGAGGCUGGGCAUAGUAACUAAAGGCUGCCUCUCCAUGCCUCUUGGUCCAAGGCUUUGGGGUAGUUAAAAGGCCAGUGCCAGAGGACCUGAGGGACCUACUGGGUACAUAACUUUAAAAGCAUGUCUGACAUGUACUGGGGUCCUGCGAAUGUGUAGUAACGUGGUUCUGUGUGUGUUUCCCAGGGGGAGUGAAGCUGGGUCUAGGAGACUUCAUCUUCUACAGCAUGCUGGUGGGGAAGGCCUCAGCUGCGGCUAGUGGAGACUGGAACACCACUCUGGCCAGCUUCGUAGCCAUACUCAUCGUGAGUCAUUAUAAUCCCUAGUUCUUCAUGAUGGGUCUGUUUAGCUCUCCAUCGCUUCUGUGUUUUAAUGCUUGUCAGACUGUUCUCUCUCUCUGUCAGUUCAAGGGGCUUUAUUGCCAUGGGAAACUUAUCUUUACAUUGCCAAAGGAAGUGAAAUAGAUGAUAAACAAAAGUGAAAUAAACAAUACAAAAAUUUAACAGUUAACAUCACACUCUCAAAAAAAUGUAAAUGUCAUAUUAUGUUAUAUACAGUGUUGUAACGAUGUGCAAAUAGUUAAAGUACAAAAAGGGAAAAUAAAUGGACAUAAAAAUGGGUUGUAUUUCCAUGAUUAUUUGUCUUCCUCCCCUCCAGGGCCUGUGUAUAGAUAAUAAACAAAGCUCUCUCUCUCUCUCUCUCUCUCUCUCUCUCUCUCUCUCUCUCUCUCUCUCUCUCUCUCUCUCUCUCUCUCUCUCUCUCUCUCUCUCUCUCUGUCUCUCUCUCUCUCUCUCUGUGUCUCUCUCUCUGUCUCUCUCUGUCUCUGUAUCUCUCUGUCUCUCUCUCUGUCUCUCUGUGUCUCUCUCUCUGUGUCUCUCCUCUCCUCUCUCCAGGGCCUGUGUUUGACUCUUCUUCUCCUGGCCAUCUUUAAGAAGGCCCUCCCUGCUCUCCCCAUCUCCAUCUUCUUUGGCUUGGUGUUCUACUUCGCGACAGACAACCUGGUCAGACCCUUUAUGGACCAGCUGGCUCUGCACCAGUUCUACAUUUAGCAGGACGUCCCCCCUGCCCUCGCCACACCCCACGGGAGCUCUCAUCGUCUUCGCCAGGGGUGUAUUCAUUAGUGCACAGCGUAGCGAAACGUUUUUGAAACUGAAAUCUUUUUUUUUUUUUUUUUUUACCAAAUCAGGUAGGUCCCUCACCCUGUUUUUGUUCGGUUUGGUUUCCUAGUGAAUACACCCUGUGCCAGAGCUCAACCCCCUAACAAGGGACCAGGGGCAAUGCGGGGGGCGUCUCCUGUCUCAUGACUGGACUGGACUUUAUUUUAGUUUUCAUUCUGCCUGGGCUUGGAGGGGGGGGGGGUUCCCCCCAGUCCUAACCAUGAUGACUUUUGAUUUGUUU